AUGGUUAACGCUUCUGAAUCUCUUCAAUCUUGGAAUCAAGAUCCUUGGUCCCUUUUAGAGGAUAGUAACGCCACAAAUAUGGAAAUCUCGCUUGACAUUCAGCCUUUUUUGAAUUCUACACAUGCUGCAUUAAUUCAAUUCCAAGAUUUAUUUGGUCGAAAUGAAUUCGAUUUUACCGGAAAUUCUUUAUAUUAUGAUGAGCUAACAACUUUUGUUCCAAGUUAUACACCAGAAAUAGUUGAGACAGUUGAACCUUCUAGUUUAGUAAAUCAAAAUUAUGUUGUCGAAAAUUUGUUAAAUACAGAUAUGCUAUCACUAAAAAGACGACCAAGUAGUAGUAGUAGUAGUAGUGGUAGCACUAAAUCAAAUUUAUCUAUAUCUUCUUAUUCAUCCUCUUCUUCAGAAGAAGAAGAAGAACAUACAUUUUCGACAUUAAAUAACAGUGAUGAAUCCAAUAUAUGUAGUAAUAACGAUAGUGAUUCAGAAGAACCUACAACUUUAUCGUCUUAUAAUCAUCGACGUCAGAUAGAAGAGAUGAUUCUUGAGAAAAUUACCAAUCAGCUUGAUCCAGAAAAGCUGCCUGGUAUCUUGACAAUUAUUUCUACAAAACAAGAAGAAGAAGAAGACAUGGAUGAGGUAGAGAUUGAUUUAGCUCGAUUGGAAUAUGAUCAACUUUGUCGUAUACUGUCUUAUAUCGAUGCAUGUUUACUAGAAAAAGAAGAAGAAGGAAGAGGAGGCGAAGGACUACCUAAUAAAGCACAUUCUUCUGUAGCACCUAAAAAAGAAAAGGCAAGUGAAACGAUGAAGCGACGACAAACAAAACAACAGCAAGUUAAACAAGGUAAUAAUCGUCGUCGUCGCCGUCGUCGUAAAUCCAUUGUUGAAUUAGGACAUGUAGUUGACGGUUCUUCUACUACUCCGCUUUCUUCUUCUCAUGGACCUAUUUCUAUGUCAGCACUUACAGAAACAAACAAGAAAAUAAAAAGGACAAUGCAACAAAAACGAAAAAAGAAUAUAACAAAAAGAAACAAGAAUAAAAGGAAAACAACCCUACAUAAACGAAGGUUAUCAGAAGAUGACAUGCUACAACCUUCUUUUGAUGUAGAUAAUGAAGAAGAAGAAGAAGAAAAGAGUUGGAAUGGAGGCAAUGGAAUUGUUAUCUUUAGUGACGAAAAAAUGGAUUUUAGAGUUACUCAAAAUAAGACGAUUGUACAUCAAGAAAGAAAGCCACUUGUACAGCAGAAAACAGAAGAUAGCAUUAAACAGUAUAAUAAUGCGGAAGAAGAAGAAGAAGAAGAUGAUGAAAUUAUUGAUAUCAUAAUGUAA